AUGGGAAUCGUUCACGCCUCUAUCAUCAUUGAGGAGAUCUACACUCCCUCUACUGGGAAUGCUUGUCUUCACAUCCACAUGUCCGCCCCACCCCCCAACACUACCUCUGCCACCGUUACCGUCCAAUCUCCCCUUAUUUUUCACGUCAGGGCUCCUCCCCCUCCGCAAGCUUCCCCUCCACAAGCUUCCCCGGCCCUAGUUUCCCUCGCUUUAGCUUCUAAGCCAAAGAAGAAGUUUCUCGGGUUGCGUUACAAGGACACAGGACAUGUUAUUCCGUUCAUCGACGCGAAGGGAAAUUACAUCUCGGCGGACACGAAGGAGUUGAUCUGGGUCCCAAGCUUGGGAAGAUGGGUUGGAGGACCCAACUAUGUGCCCCGUUAG